CUGCCGACGACGACGAAGGCGCUUUGGUAGAACCGACGAAUUUUCGAGGACGGACUCGUUUGCGAGGAGCAGAUGCGUCGGCCAUGAGCGGCGAAAAAGAGCUGCAAUUCUGAUGACGUCAUGUCUACCGACUUGGACAACGACACUGAUCGCGUUGAAAAAAAACGAAUCUACCUCUCUGUACCUCCUCGUCUCUUGGUCCUUCCUCCUGCCUUCUUCAUUGUUGGUUCUCUCCUCGGAUUCAUUCGCGGAACACGUUCUGCAUCCCUAAAAUUUCUGGCAGAAAACGCCCAUCGUCCUCCGAGAACUCUUCAAGGAUGGUACUUCUACAACAAAACCAAGAACUAUAAAGUGCUCCUUGCGGGGAGCACAGGAGCUGUUAAAGAGGGUGUAAAACUUGCCAUAGUAGGGGCUGGAUGGGCUGGAAUUGAAGAAGGCUUCGAGAUGAAAGGAUGGCCAGGCAAAGAAAUUGCAGCGGGAACGGGCACGGCGGCAGUCAUCAGUGCGCUCUAUCGACUGGGAUGGCAGACAUCUGGAAGAACGGUUGCUCUCGGAGCGAUUAUGGGCGGUGUGAUGCAAGCCCUUUUGGUCGGAAGGAAGUAUGUUGAAGAGCACCAAAAGUUGGAAAAUGAAGACGACGCGCCAUCUAUAAAUUAAUUCCGUGAAAGUAUCGGUGUCUAUAUUACUAGGACGAAGACUAUGAAGCUUCGUUUCUUCAUCGACUGCGAGCGUAUCUUUCUGCACCUGGAUCCUAGAGAAUCUAUGGAAGGUGCCUAGCAUUGCA